UACUCAACCAGAAAGAAUGUGUUACUAAAAUCUCUCCAUCCACGCCAGAGUAUUACAAAUUUCGAGAUGCCAUGUCUCUCAAGAUAACCUUCAAAGGGAAGGAGGACACACUUCACCUCAUCAACUGUUACACUCAUAUUGAAGUGUACUUUACUGGUCCUACCCAGCACUGUCCAUUAGUACGUAAGCUACUCACAACAGCUAUUGAUAAUAGCAGUGAUGCAAUGCACCUCAAGCAUAAUUACGUCAAUGCUUUUGCUUGCCCUUCAAAGAGGAGUAGCUGCUACUGUAUUGUUAGAUCCAGUGGAGAUGGUAAUAUUGUGAAUUGUACAGUUUGUCCAGUGUCAGCUACUAUCAGUAGUGAUCAUUGGUACUGGUUUGAAUCAGGACCUGCAGAGAGUAACAAUGGAACACAAAUAAAACAAGAUAAUGAUCAGCCAUCAGAUGAAAACCUCCUGUUAGACAAGAAGCCUCAAAAGAGUGACCUCGUUAGGUUAUUUAAAAGUUCUGCUGCCCAGUACAUGCUCAUUGGUACUGCACUUGAUGUUGAAGUGGAUGAUUUGUUACCUAAUCCUCAGUCAACCACUAAAAACCUCAUACUAGUGUUCAAUAGAUGGAUAGACUCUGAUAAUGACGUGACCUGGAGGAAAGUACUUCAAGUUUGUGACGAUUAUCCAGGCCAACUUGGAAGAGUAAAAGCUGAAGUGAAAGAAUUUCUAUCAUCAGACAGAGCCAGGGGUAGAUCUAGCCAGGGUCAAGUUGUGCAGUUAUUUGAAAUUAACUUUUUCAUGUGGAUGACUAUGUAA